GUUUUGAUGGCUGAAGCUCCAAUUGCUCUGUGGACUGGGAGGGCUCUGCUGGAGCAGGCAGUGUCAAAGUCUCUGUAGAGGCCAUUAGGGCUGUGCCAGCCUCUGCUUCUUGUCUGCUGCCUAGACACCAUGAACCUGUCGGAGAUGUGGAAACCAGAGCUUGGCUUUGGGGAGAGCCGAACUUAGAGCUGUGAGUGCAUCUUGGAGCAGCUGAGCUCUGGGAGGAAGAUUUCUGCUGGGUCCCUUAGACCUUGAGCUGUCCCCAUGAAGUCACAGUCUUCCAGAGCUGGGAGCAAAGAGAAGCAGCUCUGAGGACAUGGAAAAUUGCUUCCAAGAUGCUCUGCUCCGCUAUUUCACCUGCCUGUUUGUCCUUGCCCAGCUGCUUACCUGGGUGUCCACAAAUGAGUUCCAGGUGUUUGGUCCCUCAGACCCCAUUGUGGCUGAGCUGGGUGGAGAAGCCACACUUCCCUGCUCCCUGUUUCCUGUCAUGAGUGUGGAGAACAUGGAGCUCAGGUGGUACCGAACCAGAUUUUCAGAAGCAGUAUUUGUCUAUCGGAACAAACAAGAACAGAAGAAAGAGCAGAUGGCUGAGUAUUCAGGACGGACAUCACUGGUGAAGGACCAAUUCCAAGAAGGCAAGGCUGCUGUGCACAUCCACAAGGUCUGGAUAUCAGACAGUGGUAAAUAUGUCUGCUUCUUCAAACAUGGUCUCUUCUAUGAAGAGGCCAUCUUGGAACUGAAGGUGGCAGUGGUGGGCUCUGUCCCUGAAGUACACAUCAAAGGUCCAGAAGAUGGUGGUGUGUGUGUGGUGUGCAUGACUUCAGGGUGGUACCCGAAGCCCCAGGUGCAGUGGAGAGACUCCAGAGGGGAGAGGCUCCCAGCAUCCUCUGAGAACCACACUGAGGAUGAUGAGGGGCUGUUCAGCAUGAAGACAACGUUGGUGGUGAGAGACAGCUCUUUGGGGAAUGUGACCUGUUCCACGUUCAAUCCCAUCUUGGGCCAGGAGAAGGCCAUGGGCAUGUUCAUCCCAGAGCCCUUCUUCCCUCAGGCUUCUCCCUGGAUACCAGCUUUUGCUGUGAGUGUGACCACGAUGGGACUUCUGGUCUUAGGGUCAAUCUAUUUUCUCAGAAGAGAACAUUUAUCAAAGCUGCAGUUGCGGCAGGAAUGGGAGAAAAUGCGGCGUGAGCAGGAGUCAUUCCAGCAGACAAAGGAGGCUGCGCUGAAGACCACAAGCACACUCCAGGAAGAUCUUGAUCGGAGGAAGGCAGCUUACAGGGCUGCCUGGAGGAAGGCCCAGCUGUAUGCAGAUUGGCGCAAGGAACACUUCCAGGCCUGGUCUGUCACUCUGGAUCCAGACUCUGCCCAUGCCAACCUUGCCAUCUCCCAGGACAGGAUGAGUGUGACCCGGAAGGAUACUGAUAUGCACUUGGAUAGCCCCUUCAGUGUGUUGGGCACUGAAGGCAUCUCCUCUGGAAGACGUUACUGGAAGGUGAAGAUAAAGAAUGGAGAUAGCAGCACGUGGACUCUGGGCGUCUGUACAGAAGACGUGGAGAGGAAAGACUGGCACUCAGAGUGUCCAAAAAAGGGGUUUUGGACUGUGGGGCGGUCUAAUAAUAGCUAUUGGGCCUAUAUAGACAGAGGGAGGGCUUCAUUGUCCCUUAGACAAGCUCCCCAGAGUGUGGGGGUGUUUGUGGACUACAGUGAAGGUGACAUUUCCUUCUACAACAUGAGUGACAUGUCCCACAUUUUCUCCUUCCAUGAAGCUUCCUUCUCUGGGACUCUUUUUCCAUACUUCAGGCUUGAGUCUGGAGAUGUUUCAAUGAUUCUCAGCUCUAUGGCACAUGAGUCUGAGUGGAGGGAGGGAGAAGGAAGAGGGGAAGAAGGGAAGGAGGGGGAAGAGGAAGAAGAGGGGGAAGAAGAGGAAGAAGUUAUUGUUGGUUCCUUUGGAGGAGUCUCUGAGUCUCCCAGGGCAGGGCCUCACCCCAGGCUCUAGAGUUGUUGACUCUCUCCCAGGUGAAGAAUCCCCAUUCCUCUCUCAUCCUGGUGACUUUUUGUUCCCAUAGUGCAGAUUCAGCCUCUAAACUGUCAGUGUGAAUCCCUGUGGGUCUGUAGAAGCCACAGGCUAAGCUCCCAGGAUGAGUCCUGGAAUGACUUGGGGCCAUGAUCCACUGCUCUCAGGUGUGACUGAGACUAUGGCGGUGGGAACAGGGAGUCCAUGCUUUGUGUCCAGGCAGCAGAUGAUGAGCCCCGACUGUUGCUCCAGCUGAAUUGAACUAUGGGAAGGCAUGUUCCUUUUGGUGUUAAAUAGCAUUUUCUUGGGUUUCAUACCAUUUGGCAUGAAAUGGACCAAGGGAUGAAUGGAUAUUGUUUUAAUUUGUUCAUCUGGCCAUGGGCUCCUAGGGUCUGUUCUAUGUGUUGGGUCUUGUGACCAGUGGCUACAGUGAAUGUGAUGGAGCAGAUGUCUCUGAUACCUGAAUUCCUGUCCUGUGGAUUUGUUCUUAGUAGUGGGAUUACUAGAUUAUAGAUAGUUCUUUCAGGGACCCUUCUCUGUGGGCAAUAACCUGUUCAUCAAGUCUCCAUGAACCAGCCUUAUCAUUAUAUCAGUCUGUCAAUGAUUUCUUGCAUAAAUUCUUUGAUUUCUGUAUUUCAGUCUCUUUUUCCUACACACACACACACACACACACACACACACACACACACACAAAUACACAAAUACACACAUAACUAUGACAAUUCAUAUUUUCUAAGGUUUGGUUUAAUAUAUUUUAACUGUUUAUUGUCUUUCUAUCUCUUUUAAGCUAUGUAUAUAUGUAUCUAUGUUUUCAAACAG